GAAGUCAGAACGUUGAUCCCCCAUAGGCCAUAACAUAAUCAGUAAUCAGGAUGAGAAGAUACAACACACAAUCUUCCCUCCUCACUCUCAUACUCCUUUGCUCUCUACUCCAACAACAACUCACAGUAAAAGCAUCAAAAACUACUCCAUUACCAAACCUUAAACUCAAAUUCUCAUGUAACCCACCUCAAAAUUCCUACCCUUUUUGCAACACAUCUCUUCCACACUCAACCAGAUCACAAAACCUACUCUCUCUCCUCACACUCCCUGAGAAAAUCAGUUUUCUGUGCAACAAUUUCUCAGGAAUACCCAGAUUAGGAAUCCCACCAUAUCAAUGGUGGUCUGAAUCACUCCAUGGAAUUGCAACAAAUGGUCCUGGAAUCAACUUCAAUGGACUCAUCAAAUCAGCCACUAUGUUCCCACAGGUGCUUAAUUCAGCUGCUUCUUUUAACAAAAGUUUGUGGUUUGAAAUUUCUUCUGCAAUUAGUGUUGAAGGAAGGUCAAUGUACAAUUCUGGGCAAGCUGGGUUGACUUUUUGGGCACCCAAUAUUAAUAUUUUUAGGGACCCAAGAUGGGGGAGAGGCCAAGAGACUCCUGGGGAGGACCCACUUGUUGUUUCAUCUUUUGGGGUUGAAUUUGUCAAGGGUUUUCAAGGUCAGUUUUUUGGAAAUGGAGAUGGGUAUAAUUAUAAUUAUGGAAAGAAGAAAGUUUUGGAAGAAGAUGAAGACGAUGAUGGGUUGUUGAUGCUUUCUGCUUGUUGUAAGCAUUUUACUGCAUAUGAUUUGGAGAAGUGGGGGAAUUUCAGCAGAUAUUCCUUUGAUGCUGUGGUUACUGAACAAGACAUGGAGGACACCUACCAACCCCCAUUUAAGAGUUGUAUCCAACAAGGUAAAGCAAGCUGCUUGAUGUGUUCUUACAAUAGUGUCAAUGGGAUACCUGCAUGUGCAAGAGGAGAUCUUUUGGAGAAAGUACGAAGUGAUUGGGGAUUUAGGGGAUAUAUCACCUCUGACUGUGAUGCAGUGGCAACAAUCUAUGAAUAUCAUUCAUAUGUUACAACCGCAGAGGAUGCAAUUGCUGACGCUCUUAAAGCAGGAGUUGAUAUAAACUGUGGAACUUACAUGCUUUACUAUGCCGAAUCUGCUAUUGGAAAAGGAAAGCUCAAGCAAGAAGAUAUUGACCGAGCUCUUAAAAACCUGCUCUCUGUUCUGCUCCGAUUGGGUCUUUUCAAUGGAGAUCCUUUGAAUGGUAUGUUUGGAAGACUGGGAAGUCAAGAUGUUUGUACUCAAAAGCACCAGAGACUAGCACUUGAAGCAGCAAGGGAGGGCAUAGUGCUUCUUAAGAAUUAUGACAACUUCUUACCUUUAAACAAGCAUCACAUAUCUUCAUUAGCCAUCAUUGGUCCUGGUGCCAAUUCUACAAGUCAGCUAUGGGGUGGAUAUUCAGGAGUUCCAUGCAAUGCGAAAACCUAUGCUGAGGGCCUGCAAACAUACAUCAAGGAGACAUCUUAUGUUGGUGGAUGCCUGAAUGUGGCUUGUGAAUCCAACUCAAUGUUUGAUGAAGCCCUCCUUGUUGCUGAAGUAUCUGAUUAUGUUAUCUUAGUUGUUGGACUGGACUUGACCCAAGAAACUGAAGAUAAAGACCGUGUUACUCUUCUUCUUCCUGGAAAACAGAUGGAACUUGUAUCUUUGGUUGCUUCUGUUAGCAGAAGACCAGUUAUAUUAGUCCUCACUGGUGGUGGACCCUUAGAUGUCUCUUUUGCUGAAGAAAAUUCACGAAUUGCUAGCAUUCUUUGGCUUGGGUAUCCUGGUGAAGCUGGUGGCAAAGCACUCGCCGAAGUCAUCUUUGGAGAUCAUAAUCCAGGUGGGAGAUUGCCUAUGACUUGGUAUCCAGAAUCAUUCACCAAGAUACCUAUGAACAACAUGAAUAUGCGGGCUGAUCCUUCUCAUCUAUAUCCCGGAAGGACCCAUCGGUUUUAUACUGGAAAGGUUGUUUAUAAAUUUGGACAUGGUUUAAGCUAUACGAAUUACACGUACAAGUUUUUAUCAGCACCAAUUAUGCUUAAUGUGUUCACGGAGAACAAAUCUAACUCAAGAAUACUAUAUCAAAGGAUUGGUUAUGUUUCAACAGAUGAGCUGUUUUCUUGUGAUUCUUUGAGGUUCAAUGUCGAAAUCUCAGUAAUGAACGGCGGGUUUAUGGAUGGAAGCCAUGUUGUAAUGCUUUACUCAAAAACGUCUAGAAAUGUAGAUGGUGCUCCAAGAAAACAGCUUAUUGGAUUUAGCCGCGUCCAUACUACUGCUCAUGGAUCGACAGAAACGAGCAUCGUAGUUGAUCCUUGUGAACAUCUUAGCUUUGCAAAUGAGCAUGGAAAGAGGGUAUUGCAUUUGGGAGAGCAUAUAUUGAUGUUAGGAGAUCUGGAGCACUCAUUGCUGAUUGAUUUAUGAUCUGUUUAGUUAGUUAAAAUACUUGCAAAAGCCACGUAUUCUUGUGCUCCUUGCCGUUGCAAGGGACCAAAUUUGAAGUUUUAUCGGUUGAUGUUGAGUGGGAGUUUGAGGGUGGAUUAUGAUCUUUGUUUUCGUUAUGAAAAAUUUCGAUAUAGUUAUAUUUACAAUGUUCUAGGAAUAACUUUAACUAUUAUAUUUUGAAUCAUGAUUAAUAUGAAAUAUAAUUAGUUGAUAUUUAAUAAUACUAACUAAGGUC